GCGUAGUUCUGCGCCGAGGGGCCGGGGUCUGGAGCGGAGCCGGGGCGGGGCCGGGAGCGAAGGCGCGGGCGGCAGCGGCAGGAUGUUCAGCUGGAUGGGGCGCCAGGGGGGCGGGCGAGAGCGGGCCGGCGGGGCGGACGCGGUGCAGACCGUGACUGGCGGCCUGCGCUCGCUCUACCUGCGCAAGGUGCUGCCGCUGGAGGAGGCGUACCGCUUCCACGAGUUCCACUCGCCGGCGCUGGAGGACGCUGACUUCGACAACAAGCCCAUGGUGCUGCUGGUGGGCCAGUACAGCACGGGCAAGACCACCUUCAUCCGGUACUUACUGGAGCAGGAUUUUCCAGGUAUGAGGAUUGGUCCAGAGCCCACAACGGAUUCUUUUAUUGCUGUAAUGUAUGGAGAAACUGAAGGUAGCACCCCUGGAAAUGCUUUAGUUGUGGACCCCAAAAAACCAUUCCGAAAACUUAGUCGCUUUGGAAAUGCAUUCCUUAACCGGUUCAUGUGUUCCCAGCUACCUAACCAAGUUCUAAAGAGCAUAAGCAUCAUUGAUAGCCCUGGAAUUCUUUCUGGAGAGAAACAACGUAUCAGCAGAGGCUAUGACUUCUGCCAGGUCCUACAAUGGUUUGCUGAGCGGGUUGACAGAAUCAUCCUUCUCUUCGAUGCUCAUAAACUUGAUAUCUCUGAUGAAUUCUCAGAAGCCAUCAAAGCCUUCCGGGGCCAGGAUGAUAAGAUCCGUGUUGUGUUGAACAAAGCUGACCAAGUGGACACUCAGCAGCUUAUGAGAGUCUAUGGUGCCCUCAUGUGGUCUCUGGGGAAGGUGAUCAACACUCCAGAAGUGCUUCGAGUCUAUAUCGGCUCUUUUUGGGCUCAGCCCCUUCAGAAUACUGACAACCGAAGACUCUUUGAAGUGGAAGCCCAGGAUCUCUUCAAAGACAUCCAGAGCCUUCCUCAAAAGGCAGCUGUGCGCAAACUCAACGACCUCAUCAAGAGAGCAAGACUGGCCAAGGUACAUGCUUAUAUCAUCAGCUACCUGAAGAAGGAGAUGCCAGCAGUAUUUGGAAAGGAGAAUAAGAAGAGAGAACUUAUCAGUAGGUUACCAGAAAUCUAUCUCCAACUACAGCGAGAGUACCAGAUUUCGGCAGGCGAUUUCCCUGAGGUCAAAUUGAUGCAGGAGCAGCUUGAAAACUACGACUUCACCAAGUUCCACUCCCUGAAGCCAAAACUUAUUGAGGCCGUGGACAACAUGCUGACCAACAAGAUCUCCUCCUUGAUGAACCUCAUCAGCCAAGAAGAAAUCAACAUGCCCACGCAGCUGGUGCACGGCGGGGCCUUCGACGGGACCACGGAGGGGCCCUUCAACCAAGGCUACGGAGAAGGGGCCAAGGAAGGCGCCGAUGAGGAGGAGUGGGUUGUGGCCAAGGACAAGCCGGCCUAUGACGAGCUCUUCUACACCCUGUCGCCUGUCAAUGGCAAGAUCUCCGGCGUCAACGCCAAGAAGGAAAUGGUGACCUCCAAGCUGCCCAACAGCGUCCUGGGAAAGAUCUGGAAGCUCGCAGACUGCGACAACGACGGCAUGUUGGACGAAGAAGAAUUUGCACUGGCCAAGCAUCUCAUCAAAAUUAAACUCGAUGGUUAUGAGUUGCCCAACAGCUUGCCCCCUCAUCUUGUCCCCCCCUCCCACCGGAAAUCUGUAUCAAAUGUAGAUUAAGAACCAAGAAGCGGGAGGAGGCCAUGGGGUCUAGUAGAAAGAUCUGGACCGGGCAUCUGGAAAUCUGGGGUCUAGUCCUCAGUUUGCUGUUCUCUGGGACUUUGACCAAGCCGUUUUAUCUUUCUGGGCCUCUGUUUCCUUAUCUUUAAAAGAAAGGGAUGAACCAGACAGCCUUUUCAGUUUCCUUCCAACUCUAGAAUUCAAAGGGUUCUCUUCUAGGUCCAGGGUAGGAAAAGGGAGAAAGAAUGAGAAAUAAGUAAAAAUUGAGUUAUUCAGAAGCUGCAAUGUGAAGUUGGGCUCUUGGUAACUUCAGCUAUACAUCACUUUCAACUGAACCACCGAAAACCAUCAGCAACAGGCCUUUUGCCCCUGCCCUGAGCAUCAGUCAGCGAAUCCUGUGGCUGCCUUUACCCUUCACAGGUUAUGCGAGGGGAGGGAGGGAUGGUCUUCUUUAUUUGCCGUCUGCCAUCUUUAGGAAAAGACCAGGGAUUGACUCCACAAUUGCCAAACUACCCACUGACUAGAAGAAAGCAAUUUCUCGAACCCUCAAAACCUAGGUUUGAAAAUGAGACAUUUUCUUCGUUCUGUGGACUCAUAUCCCUGCUCUAGGCCUAAAGGACUUGAGUGCUCACCCUUGUCUAAGUGAACACAGUCCAAAAUGGCAGACCCAAGGGGUGAUUGAGACCAUUUCUCCCUCUCCACCAAACCCCAUACUUGGUUAGGAAACUAAGGGGAACCAUAAGCAAGAAUACAAGCAUAGGUCUGUAGUCAACCACUAGUUGACUUCUAUAUGGAAUACUUAUAGGACCAGUGUCAGUUUAAAAUGCACUUGCCACCAUUUUAUGACAUCUUUGAGGUCUCAUGAUUGCAGUUUCCUUGUUUGCAUGUCCAGUCAUAUGUAGCAAUCUGUCUUCCUUAAAUGACCAUCAGGGAAUGAGGUUAUUACCCUAGAAUGUUGUAAUGUCAUUAUACAAUGACUUACAAGAUCCAAGUUUACACAUCAUCAGCUGUGUGAACUAUUUUCUAAAAAUCAGGGAUUAUUUUUGAUUAAUUCCAGCAAAAAGGGGAGAAGGGUUGGAAUAAAAGCCUUGUUUCAAAGAAAAUUCACUUAUCUAUUCUCUUUAAAAAGUCAGGCAUUGGUAUGUAGCAAUACCUUAAUUCAGAUGGGAUUUGCAUUUUUUAUGUUUGUAUUUAACCAAAAGUUGACUCUUUGUCCCUUCUAAUAUUCUUUGUUAUCCCUGUUCUCUCUGGCUCUUUUGUCUAAACUCUUGUUUUAGAAGGGUAGUAGUUAAACCUCUGCCUGCGCACCAGCAUGGAAAAAUCACCAAUAUGAUUUUUCUGAAUUAGAGGAAGACAGCAAAAGGCGAAGUCUAUCUAGUCAAAGUCCCAACAGUCAUAGGAAGCCAAUGAAAUUAUAACAGUCCCCCAUGGCUCUUCCAGAAAAAAAGCCAACUGCUUGCCUGUUUGUCCCUUUUUCUGUCUUAUGAGGUACCAAAGCAAGAAAUAUUAAAUUCAAAGAAAUCACUAUUUCUGUUUGGAAAGAGUUUGUUUUUUGUUGUUGUUGUUGUUGUUGUUGCUGUUGUUGUUGUUGUUGUUGUUGUUGUUUUUAGUCUCAGUCUCCAUAUUCUCUAGUUUAACUUUUUAAAUUGUUUAUUGUAAGGAGAAUUAAAUGUCUAACAAUGCAAAUUACUUCCACUAAUGAACUUCUAAAACAUAAUUUAGGUCAGCAUUUAUGAUUCCAGUACUAAAAUCAGAGCAAAGGAUAUUUUCUUCUCAUUUCUGUGAGCAUUGACCCAGUUCUUGGACCACAGCAGUGUUGUACUUAAGAACAAAAUGGGGCAGGGAGGGAAGGGCAUUAAAUUGUUCAAAAGCUUA